CCAGGCGCCCUAGGAGUGCGGUCCGUGGAAAAACAAAACCCCGCAUAACAUCAAAACCCGCAUUUUACAGCCAACUACCGCACGGAAUGCGUUUUUCUGCGUCGGGCUUUACGUUUCGGAGCGACAGACGCCGGUUUUCGCCGCUUUUUCCGGCCGAGCGGGCGGUGUUGUUUAUCUGUAGUAAGGGGGGGCUUGAAACCGGCCUCCCUUGCCCCAUUUCCUCGGUUGUUUUCCUUCCCUCGCCUGGAUUCUCCAUGUUGUUGGUGCAAAAGUGACGGCGGAAAGGGGGGGCUACUCGGCGGCUGUCGCCACCAAACUGUAGCGGAACACUCGAGGAGACGGAGCGGGCAGAGGGUAAGACAACCACCGGGGAACAUAUCCAAGUGCCUCGCCCCCCCUCUCUUCGCCUCCUCCGAAGGCAGCCGACAGAGGAGCAAGAAGCGGCGGUGCGGGAGAAGAAAGGAGCCGAGCAGGAGCGAGAUAAACCCGGACCGUAACCGAGGCGGCGUCGCACGGCAGCCCGCGGCGGAUACUGCUGGAAAAGAAGAUUUAAAAAAAACACCCAAAGAACCCCAAUGAGGGACGGCCAUCGGUGCUCGGGGACAGGAUUUGAGGAUUUCGAGGGCUCCGUGAUUGUCAGAUGGAAAGUUCUGUUAUCACCCAAGUGCAGAAAGAAGACGUCCAGGUGUCUCCGAAAGCAGGCCAGGUGAGCCGCUCUGCCCUCAAACAGCCUCGCAGUUGUAACAUCUUCAAAGCCCUCUUCUGCUGCCUCAAAGUCCAGGAUGGCCAGAAGUCGCCGCCGCCGCCACUGCCGCCGCCUUCCCAGCAUGCACUGCUGGAGUCUCAGGAAAACGGGACGCUUGUCAAGCUCUCAGACGUCAGCCUCCUGCCUGAGGUGACGGCCCAGGACCAGGGGAAGAUCUGCGUGGUCAUAGACCUGGAUGAGACCCUGGUGCACAGCUCCUUCAAGCCCAUUAGCAACGCAGACUUCAUCGUGCCGGUGGAGAUAGAGGGGACCACACACCAGGUGUACGUUCUGAAGAGGCCGUACGUGGACGAGUUCCUGCGCAGGAUGGGGGAAAUGUUUGAGUGUGUGCUGUUUACAGCCAGUCUUGCUAAGUAUGCAGACCCCGUGACGGACCUGCUGGAUCAGGGCGGCGUGUUCCGGACCCGGCUCUUCCGGGAGUCCUGCGUCUUCCACCAGGGCUGCUACGUGAAGGACCUGAGCCGCCUGGGCCGGGACCUCAGCAGGACGCUCAUCCUGGACAACUCCCCCGCCUCGUACAUCUUCCACCCCAAUAACGCCAUUCCCGUGGUGUCGUGGUUCGACGACGCGGACGACACCGAGCUGCUCAACCUGCUGCCCGUCUUCGAGGAGCUGAGCAAGGCGGAGAACGUUUACGCCCGGCUGGACCAGCUGCGGGAGCAGUAGCUCCUCCUCUUCCUCCUCCUCUUCCUCCUCCUCCUCCUGCAAACACAGCAGAUCUACGCGUACCCAGAGAAAAAAAAAAAAAACGCCGCCUUUUAGCGUUUUGUGUUGGCGGGGCGGUCGGUUGGGGAGCCAGCCCAGACCUGGCAACGUUGACUACCACUUUUUACUUUUUUAAAAAGCACUACAAGAGAGAGAGAGAGACUGGGGGGUGAACCAAAGCCAUCGCGUCACAAUCACUCCAGCUGGUCUAAAUAUGAAAGUGAAUCAUUUGCCAAAGCAGACGUCUGCCUGCCCUCACUUGACUUUUGGACAUGGUUUGCUUUAUUGUGCCUUUCAAGGAACAAGAGUGAGAAAAACACUUUUUUUUUUUGUUUUUUUUAUUCCACCAGAUUUUUAUACAUUUAUAGAUUCCUCUUUUUUUUCCUUUUUCUUUUUAAAAUAAGGAAAUCUAUUUUUAAAUGCUGAACAAUGUUUCUCUAUGCAACCCAGCUCGGUGAUCACAUGGUGUACCUCUCGCGGUCGACAGAUGAACAGUUCUGUGAAAAAGUCCAGCCCCCUUUACAGGAUUUCUUCUGCUUUGCUUUUUUUUAUUUAUUUUUUUAGUCCCGCUAAAUGUUUCAGAUCUUCAAACAAAAUUCAAAAUCAGAAGAAAAACAACCUGAGGAAAUACAAAAAAACAGUUUUUAAAUUGUGAUUUUAGUUCUUAAGGGAGAAAAAGCUUUUCAAACCAAUCUUGUGCUAAGAAGCAAUAUUCCCUUGUUAAAUUAUGAGUUAUCUGUGAUUUACCACAUUUUUGGGGUUAAAUUUCAACCUAAAUCUUUCCUAACUUUUACAAUCUAGAAAUGUAAAUAGUACCAGUAAGACAACACGGUCAGGAGCAACACGGCUCUGAUCUGAACAGGAAAGGAUCGCAAAGAGUUUUAUUAAGGCUUUUGGGACUUCAGAGAGACACAGUUAUAUAUUAAGUUAUGAGUGAAUUUUGUCCCAUUAUUGCUGCAAGCAAAGAACACGUUUUGUAAUUGGAAAUU